GUCUGAGGUCCACACUGUACAAGGCAUAUACAGGACCACUGCCAGAUCCAGAUAUGAUGGCAUCUGGAAGCAAAUUAAGCCAGGUGCAGCCCCAAUCUCUCAUGGCUGUUGUAUUGGAUGGGGUUUCUGAAAUGGAGCUGUCGCCAUCCAUAUUUGGGUCUGUCCCUCGUGGAUCCCCCAUGUCCUAUCACUGUCCACCCAAGAAGUCGAGUGACCUCCUCCUAUACCACAUGGCUCCAGAAUUUCCCUCCCUUCCUGUGAUGCAGCACACUUUUCCCAGGUUGCAUUUCGUCCCGACCUUGCAUCAGUUAAUGCAUCUCCAGUCUCUAGAAGUGUCACCACAGCUGUCCUGCGAGAUAGCAAAAGAAACUCAGCAGCAAUCCAAAUGUCCUGCGUGGACACAGCUACGGCGACCAAGGCUGACCGCUAGUCUAUUUUGGGAUGCUUGUUGUAGUCGGGCGUGUCGUGCAGAGCUGGAGUCUGCAGCUAUUCGGAUGAUCAGAGGCUCCACAAAGCAAACAGCUGCAAUGAAGCGUGGUCUCCUAGUGGAGUCUGAAGUGCUGGCAAACUAUGCUGCACUUUUGAGAGUUAACGUUUUACCAGCAGGAUUUUUCAUUCACCCUGACGCACCACAUCUCGGGGCCAGUCCAGACGGUCGUGUGUAUGACCCUUCAGAGUCGCCUCCUUUUGGCUUGGUUGAGGUGAAGAGCAGCACAAAAAAUGAUCCAUCACAGGUUGCUCACCUCAAGGUGCAGGAAGGCCACGCCAGUCUGAGGCGUUCACAUAAGUACUAUUGGCAGGUUCAGGGCCAGCUGGCAAUCACAGGACUGACAUGGUGUGAUUUUGUUACAGAUACCCUAUCAACGAUAACUGUGGAAAGAAUUUGGCGUGAUGACUCAUUCAUAGCAGAAAUGAAAGAGAAAUUGGAUUUAUAUUAUUAUGGCACAUACAUGAAUGCAUACCUUGAAUUACAAUAAUCUUGUAUUUAACAAUCAGUUCAGCCUUCUGUCUUACUGUUGAUGAUCUGUAAUGUUAUUUUUAUUGUAAAUGUUUGUUAUUUAGCUUUUAUUAAUCAGUUGAUGUCAUAGCAAAAAAUUAAAUGAGGCACAAUUUUGAACAAAAUUGUUUUAUUUGUUCAAUUUUUUUGUGAAGUCAAAGUCACAUUUCAACAUAAAAAAUAUUAAGAUAACAAUUUAAUUAGAUUUUUAAGAACAUGUGGGAACACUAAAUUAUUUACAUACUAUUUACACAUUAUACAUAAUUUACAUAUCAAACAUUCAAUCUUCAAAACAAAAAGGUCCUUGAUAAUUUGCCAAAACACAGCAGUUUAGCCAGAUCUGAUUCACGCUGCCAAUCAGUGUGAGCGGCACGGGAGAGUCCCAGAUGUGAAAGGAUUUUAUUCUACCGAUCACUCUUUCCACUAUAAUCCUGAGGCGGGCAAUGGCUUGUGUUUGUUCCGUUUCCUCCUUGCUGAAUUGAGCGGAACGCUUGAAAGGUGGAAUGACGAGCUUACAUCCAAUGUCAGUAAGGAGGUCUUGAAUGAGGAACCCUUUGUCUGCCAUGACAUCAUCUCCUGGCUCCAGCAAGGGAAGGACUCCACUGAUCCUGGUGAUCUCCUUAUCUGAGAUGCACCCAGUGUACAGGGGUGAGAUGAAUGUCACCAAACCAUUGGGAGCAACUCCAAUUAGCCCUUUCAAUGUCGUCCUGUUUUUGUAAGAUGAAAAUGUUUCUGACUGUAAAGUCAGGGAUGAGGCUGUCUCCAGGGCAAUUUCUGUGCAGUCUAGUAUCACUCUAACAUUGGGACAGUACCUCUGGAAUUUAAGGGGCAUAAUUGACUUAACCUUUUCCCUGCUUAUCCAGAUGGGAAGUGAGCUGAGCAUCAUAAAGAGAUAAUUGGCCCAGGUGAUGGUAACCCUGCUAACCCUGGCAACGCUCACAUUAAACAUGUCAGCAAUGAGCUGCUCCUUCAUGCCAACAGCAACCCGCAUAGAGUACAUCAAGAACUCAUCUAUUAAUGGCAUGAUGCGUGGUGGGCUGGGCUCUUCGCAGCAUUCCUCACCCGCCCUCUGUGCUUUGGUCCAGUACACCAGUCUAUGUGCAGAUGGUGCAAUCGACUCCCAAAAAAUAGUAAAAACACUCUCGGAUGGAAAUUUGGUGUAGAAACGUAUUUGGUCGUCUGAUGCACAGUACCGGCUGAAGAGAGUAGGGGGUGGUAGACCAGUGUUUUGCAACUUGGCU